UGCCCCCCAGCGGCCGCCGGGCGGUACCGCCGCUCAGGGCCCGUCCCGCCGCCCCGGUGCCUCUGGUGCAGCCCGGCCCGCGCUCGUAGGGCCCGGUCACCCGGGUUUGUACCGGGUGUGAGCAAGAGGGUGCUCUCCGCUGCCCGCUCUGCUGGAGCGAUCGACUUCCCUUUGUACUGCAGGUCCCUGUAGGCGGCUCCCAGCACGCGUCUGGCUGUGGAGCCGGAGCUGAGGGACCAUCACAGCAACCUGUUCCACUCCAGGCCGUUCUGGAAAAACAUUUGGUGUGUUUUUUCUCACUUGUCGUGUCAUUUUCUCUCACACGAGCUCGAGAGAAAUGUGUCGCUGCUUGAACACGUAAAAAUACCUCACCAUGUGAGUGGAGAUACCUCAGGGCUUCACAUUAAAGGCUCCUGGCCUGGCCCAGGCCUCUGGUACUGUGCGCCUGAGGAGAAAAGGAGUGUCCCUUCCUCAGCCUUUAGCAGGACCAGCCUUUAGCGUGUUGUACUACUGGAAGAAGAGAGUUGGUUCACUCUGGAGCCUGUGCACGUUGAAGUGUGUGUCCCUACGUGGAAUAGAUGAAGACAUUGGUAACUUGCAAGCACACAACUAUUGUCGAUGGCUGAGAAACAGGCAGAACAUGUACUUUCUAAAGGGAUGACAUUUACGUGCAAUAUCAGGCCAGCAGUGAGAAAAGCACUGGUCUGCUCCCGAAUUAACAGCCAAGGCAGAAUGCCUCUGGAGCUUCAGUGAGAGCAACUGAGCCUUUCUAUAACCUGCUAGGCAGUGAUCCUGGGGGCAGGAAGAUUGAGUGAUGUGUUAGUCACGCACACCCCCAUCCACUCGGACCAUGAAGCAAAGCAAUGGUGACUUCAAGAGAAAAGAGUCAUUGACUCAAGGAGUCUGGAAGAACUAAACGUCAUGAUGUUGAAAGACACUGACACGAGUAACGUGCCUGUAAGAUGGCAAAGGUUUCAACUGACAAAUCUCAUUGUAAUUCAUUUGAGCGCUAUUGUGAGUACACUUUCCAAGGGAACAGAAAACAGAUGUGAUAAAUGCCUGAACAUGAGAUUGAACCUAGCAUCUGUUGUUUGAAAGGAGUGUUACAAAACAAAGGAAGCUCACCUAGCUCUGUCUACAGCAGGAGGAAAAGAUGCUGGAACAUAUCAUUGAAGAAAGAAAGAAAAAAAAGAAAACAAACUGAAAAUUGAACUUGUCAGUAUUGGCAGGGAGAGGGAUGUAACUGCAAACUCAGUGAUGCAGUUCAACUCAACAGAGACAAUCGAGCAAUUCUCUGUGUGGCGGAAGAGCUGCAGUAAGCCUGUCUUCUAGGUUGUAAGUGAAGGUGAGCUUCAGAGCCUUGCCAAAGUAGCACAUUACUGCUUUUUCCUCCUUGUCCUUAAAUGACCAACUCUCCAAAAUGCCUGAGAGAAAAGAUGGGAGCUGCAGCGUUGCCAAGAAAAUCUGGCAGCAAAAGGAGAAAAAGCGUUCUCAAAAGACUCUUUGAAAAUUGUGGAUCUCCCAGCAAGACAUCUCACCUCACCCACCUGCUGCCAUUCUCUUCCUACCACCAACACAAAGCUAAGUUUUGCCUCCACUGCUGGCACACUGGGAGGUGGCACUGAUCAUGAUGUCCAACGGCACCUGGGCCCUAGCACAACAGACACACCAAAAAGCACCUGGAAGUACCUAUGGCUGCUUUCAGCACCAACAAACUGCUUUUGGAAAUGUUUGGCUGGGCAGUGGUUUCUUUCACCUCUAAUUAUUCACCAUGGACUUUCCCAAAGAUGAUGUUUUUCAAAACCAGACAUCAAGAAUGAUGGGUCAGGACCCAAUAAUUACCUUGCUACUAAGGAAAAGCUGUGAAAAUGGGAGACCUGCCUUUCCAGGAAAACUGAACAGGCCAUAGAGUCCGCUUUCCCUAAGCAUGGAUUACCAGGGAGCAACACAGAACGACUGAACCUGUAGAAUGUCAGCCGUACCAUCUGCUGCUGAAAAAAACCCAACAAACCAACGAAACCAAAAACAACAAACAAACCGAAACAAAAACAUGCAUCACUGUGGAAACACUGAGCAGUUCUGUGGUCUUUUCUGCACUCUCCUCAGGCUAUACAUUUUUAAAUAGUAUGACCUUUAUUGAUUCUUACAAAGAUGAACUCUGCAAGAUGGAAAACCUGAAAAGUAUACUGUCGGAGUUUCCUUUUAGGACAAAGAAUACAAUCACAUUACAGAAUGUUAAAACUAGAAGAGAUGAAAUCAGUUAAUUUCCUCUGAAAAUGUUUGGAAGAGGUUUGGAAAAAUGGAAUGGAUGACAAGAGAAAUCUGAUCGGAGAGACAGUGGGCUGGGAGGAAGACUUGCUCCAUUGAAGUCAGAGGUAGAUUGGCAUUGCCUUUGGUGGAAUGAGGAUUUCAUUGACUCUCGUGUCUAGUCCACCACGAUGUUACAGCCUUGUGCCUGGGGAGAAGUUGUGUUUCAAAAUCCCUGUUGCUGCCGUAGGUGUUGGCUGCUGGGCACUGUGGGCAGGUGCUGGCUGGGAAGAGUCAUUCCAAAUGACUCCAUUCCAAAGAAGGAACACAAGUGUCAUGGUUUAGCGGAUAACCAAAUAGUUACAGAAUGCUGGAGAGCACAGCGAGUAGUUUUAACUCCACAGUCUUGUGCUGUUCUUGGCUACUGCUAGCACGAAGUGUAGUACCAAAAAAAUUGUGUAAGUACUCAAAGGAAACCACCCAAAUGUAACUGGACCAUAUAACUAUUCUUCCUUGGUUUCAGAUUUUCAAUGUCUACAUUAUUCUGGGACUAAUAGCAGCAAAAUUUGUUUCUGCUCUUGCAUAGCUUUUAGGUGCAAACCCUAUUUAAGUAAGUACACAAAAGUCUAGUCUUAACAAACCAGCUUUGCUAAUUCGAAGGGGUUGGAAGACAAAUGAAAGAAGUACAGUACUGCUUGGUGUCACUGUGAAGCAGCAGGUGUCUUCAAACAGCCCCAGUGUCAGGUGGCACAGACUCCCUGAAGAAAGACAAAAACGGGAAGAUCCUGCUAAAAAUAGGAAAACAGGGACCUGUGCUAUUAGACCGUUAGUGUGGCUGGUCCAAGAGGGGCUGGCUGCUGUGUUUUUCAUCAGCAUUGCCUGCAGCCUGAGCAUUCCUUAUGGCUGACAAAGAACCGAGAGAGUUCCCUAUGUCUGGUUAGGUGAAGGCUGUUUGCGGAAGUUACGACACUUAAAUUUGGGAGGGAUAUUUCUCAGACUGUUUCUGGGAGAUGAUUUAAUGUAAUAGUAAAUGAAACCACAGACUCCUCCAGAAAAGAACAUUUGAUGUGUAACACACACAGCUGCUGAUGUAAAUGUUUAUGAAGAGUUUGUUAAGUAUGUAGCAUUGCCUGUAUGGCAAUGCAGAGAUUAUACUGCUCGUGAAAGAUAUGUUAUGAUAUAAAAAUCAGCAGCAGAAGAAUGGAUGAGAAUGGUGCCAGAACAGGACCACUGCUAUGACAAAUGUAGUGCCAAGUAAGUAGAAAAUCCAUUAACUACAUAUAUUCACUGUUAGUGGCAUAUCUUGAAUUUGUCAUUUUAAGAUGCUAUUAAAAUUAAUGCUGUCCUGAGAGGUACUCUUGGAACUAUGUAUAAAAUUGCCUAAUUAGUCUAAAAAAAAAAAUCCAAUGAGAUGCUCGAUUUUGGGAGAGAAGCAGUGAGCAGUUAAGUAUGCCACCAGGCACUUGUAACAUGGACUGUCCUUGGAGAAGAACGCGUUGUCUCUGAUUUCUGAGAACUGCCUUGCAGCAGGAACUGAGGUAGGAACUCAAGAUCAUAUCUGCAAAUCUUUCGAUUUUCAAAGGUAUUAUUUUGCUUAUUAAAAGGGCAUUUUACUGAAUGGAUUCAUACCACAAAUCAGUGGGUUGAUUAGAUGAAAUAAAUUACCCUCUUAUUGAAACUCUCUUUCAUUUACAGAUGCAGACGCUGAAAUCGCUGGUCACUAGUUUCCAUGUCUGUGAUUUAAUCUGACAGUGAAACAGGGAAUCCCUGAUAUUCAUCUCUGGCAAAACAAAUGCAAACAUUUUUCAGAUCUCUCUCUCUUCUUCCCAUCCAGUCCACUGUAGGACACAGGAACAUAUUUAAUGAUCUGGCCAUGUGCUGUGGGGUCUAAACCUUUGGUCCCACUGGGUGAUCAGCUGACAGAGGAGACCAUCACCUUUUAGAAGACAGAAUAUUGUCAGAAAUAAAGAAAAAAACACAGGCAAGAGCUGGCACAGAGCAUUGUGCAUGCACUGGGAGGGAAGUGUUAGAAGUGCCAGAAGACGCAGGCAGAAGGAUGCAGGGAGCAAACAGAGCCCUCCCCAGGUCCAAGAUGUGGUAACCAGACCUUUCCCAGGGGAGGUUGUUCUCUGGACCGCACUGGUUGGGAGGGACAGAGCUGAGCGUUCCUGCAACCCAGACGGAGCCUCUCGUGCCCCUGCACCUUGAGGCUCUGCUCGUGGGUCUGUCCUCCCACCAUCAUGGUUCUGAGUGUUCACAUUUUCUGGCAGUAAACCCACGGCAAGGCCUAUAGGUAUAAUUUUCUUCAGUACCCAAGUCAGUAAGUAAAAUCACAGCUUGGUGUUGAUUUUAUGUUCUGCUGAUAAUGAAUUUGGGAAUCCUCUGGGAUUAGGUAAACAUGCUGACACAGAGCCAUGGGGUAGGCUCCUGUGUUCCUUUCUCGCAGCAGCUAGCCACUAUUGACACACGCGUUUUUGUUACAAUGAUGUAUUAAAAUUCAAUAUGUGUGUCUUGUCUUAUUUAAAACAAGCCAGGGGGGGUUGAUGUGGGGAGGAGGGAUGAGAUUGGCCUGUUAAUCCUUAUAAAAGGAAACCUAUUCAAAUGAGUAAUUUUAUAAACUACUGAGCAAUUGUGUUGAAUAAGAAGCGAAGCCUACUGCUAUUAGCUUUGGCAAUAACAGGCUGCUUUGAUUAUUACAGCCACUGCGAGCGAAUACCUGGCAGCAGAAGCUGCCAGUGAACCACAUAGACUUUGGGCAAGAGAUCUUUUCAAUAUAGGUAUACAUUGCAUGGUAUGAACUCACCAUAGCUCCAUCCACCGCCGUGUAAUGCUUAAAAUAUGUACAGCAGAGUUAGAGAUACAAAAGAAAGGGAACGUACACCGGGAGACCUGGAGGCGGCUCCUGGAGUGUCAGAUCCUGCCUCCAGCAGACACUGUCACAGCCCCUUCCCCUGCGAGCACAGGGACACACAGGACAGGAACCCCACGUGAACAGCUGCAGUUUCUCUCUGUGACCACUGCAAAGGAGCCUUAAGGAAAGCUGCUCUCACCUCCAGAACGCGCUGCCCUCCCAGGCGCCGAUGUGGAACGGAGACAGCCAGGAACUGGAGUGUCAUUUGGAAGGAUGCUGCAUGUGGCAAAUGUGUCUGGAAGAGAGGAUGUGUUUUAUGUGUCCAGAAAGCAUAGAAGUGCUGGUGUGUGAGGAAGAUGGUGCCACAGAGCUUGCGGUGCUGGAGUGACUGGUGGCUCGUGUGUUGUUUCCCGGAGCUGUCCUGGGUGUGAUACAAACCUUGCUGCAGACUUGGCAGCCUGAAGAAACAGCUGUCACCUGCAAGAAUCCGUCAGUCCUAAAUACUAGAGACAGUUUCCCUGCUACUCGAGAAGAGCGUUAAUGGUAACAACUGCUACCCUGUGGGUCUGCUUCCUCACUUCCAGGCAGAGUGGGCCCAUGAUUGGGAGAUUUCAAAUACUGUUUAAUUUCAGGCCCCUGAGUGAAAUCAGAGUCCAGUCAAACACGUGCAGGCAAUACCCGCUGUCAGCGGGGUCAGGAGAUCUCCGGCAUCACUGCAAUACCAACGGAUUCUCAAUCUGGCCCAGCACUGGAAAUCUGCCUUCCUUCGUCAACGGCCGCAAAGCAAAAUUCUGGGCACUCUGAGCAUUUUCACAGUUUGUCCUAUUACACUGUAUGUGUUCACUGGCUCUGUUAGCAUGAGGCAUUCUGGUAAUGAAUCCUGUUUUCCACGUCGAGAAAACCUGGACUAUGCAGUGUAGCCAGCACAUUUUGGAUCUUAUCAGUUCAGGUGUGAGUCCAGACGCUGCUUUGAACUGGGCAGAGAGGUGCCAGAAUAAAAGUCUCUUCAGUUGGAGAAAACUCUUAAUUGAGUGUUUCAGAUAUUAAAGAUUUCAAGGACACAUUGAAAAAGCAGGAAAAAGUGUUCCUAUUUUACAGACUUCUGACUGCAUGACUUGACAGCUGAAAUUACUUUUGCACUAUUUGACUAUUGUUCUGUAUCAUUCAGCCCCAAAUCCGAAGAACCUUUCUCAGCUCUGGAAACUCGUAGGAAUUUGCUGGAGAAAGGACAACAUGAGUUGGAUCAUAUACAGCAUAAUAUUUUAUGACUUCCUACCCAUGCAGAUUUCUUAGCUGGCAGGAUCUAAAAACCACAGUUAGUGUGAUAUUCCUAGAGCUGUGCUCUGCCCCCCACACCGCGUUUUGUUGAAGUUGUUUAAAUCAUCAGAUGGAAAGAUGAAAAAAGGCACUUCGGUAUGUUAGACAAUAUUUACUGCUUUUUUUGAUGGAAUUAAGCAGGAAAGGACCAUUCUUUCACCAGAACAGCCUGCAACUAUUCAUGUCUGUGAUUUUACACCAUGUUUGAAUAGAAAUGCAGCCAUCAGGUGAGCCUGGAUUUUUAGAUCAGUUACAACUCUGGGCAGGGUUUACAACUUUCUGCAUUUGGAGACUCCAGUAGCAGUAUGACCCACGCCAGCAAUGGGAUAAGUCUCGCCAAAGAAAAGAAUGGAGUUAAGUAAGGAUGGGUAGGUCAACAGUUCUACCCGCUUCCCCACAACCACCAAAUCUGGGACGGUUUGGCAGAAGCUCUUCCUCUGACGAUACAGGGAAGUCUGUUGUGACCGGGGCUGUGCAGACACUGCCGUAACAGUGGAAGGUCUCUGUGCCUGAGUACCUGUUCAGAAAAGUGCUGUGGAUAUGAAAUGGUCUUAUCUCUACCUGGGCUGCUCAUCUAGAACUGUGAAAAUAAGAAUUGGAGCUGCAAGUUGAGGAUCAUGGCAUUAAAAUCUCAGCCAUAAAGUAACCCUUUGACCUCUGUGCGUCAUCCUGGUCGGACCAGAGCAAGAGUCCAGCAAAGGGUUAAUGAAAAUUGUAUGUGAAAAAGUCCGUAUGGUGGCUGCGCAGCUGGUUUACCACCACUGGGAAUUUGGAAGAUGAAAUGCUUAUUGCACACUGAAACAGGACUCUCUUGGGAAGGGGCAGAAGAAAUUGUUGGUGAAGUCCAGACACAGAAGCUGAAGCCAUUUGGAGUCUUCCCAAAUAUACAGGGAGUACUAAGGUGGUGUUUUUGACCUGUCUUUUGGAAGCAUCAUUGAAUUCCCUCUCGCACUCUGCACUGCUGUUUUGUGAAGUGUCCUUUUCAAAACAGAUGUGGACCUCCAAAGGAACAUCUUAACAGAUAACAGAUUGUCACCACUUGAUCAUGGGUACAGAAAAUCCUGAAAAUAAAUUAUCCAGCACCUGAGAACAACUCAAGCUCUUUGGCUCGGAUAUGGGAAGAAAUAAAAAGUCACAGAACUACGAGAGUUGAAAGCACCCUUGUGGUGUCCUCUUGAAUUUCUAUUCUCUUUUGGUUUUGAUAGCAAUUGAGGUGCAGCCAGUCACUUUUUUAAAUCACUUGCAGAGAGGGGACUGUAGCACCGUUUCUGCAGCCACUUUGCUCAGACAGUGUUUGCGUGUUGCCUUUGGGAGAAAAAGGCCCCACAAUGGAGAACAACAUUGCAUUUUUCAGCACCUUCUCUGACAACUAGAAUUUCCCCUGUUUUAGGAACUGCUGUAAGAACGCUUCCCUCUAAAGGUCAUAUAGAGCAAAUCUUACACACUCCUUCGUGCCCCAAAAGAAGGGUGGUGGAUGUGGGGGGAUUGCCACAUUUUUCAUUUCAUGAGCUAUAAUAAAGUCUACAUAUUUGGGGAUUUAAAUACAUUUUUGUAUUUUAUGUCUCGUAUGUCAGCAACUCUAAUGUUGUUGGUUUUGUUUUCCAUGGACAACCAGUGAACCAGAUUAACGUGAAAUCACCUGUACUUUGAAAGUGAAGCCUGAAAAACUGAAAGGGAAUGCAGAUUUUAAAUCAGAUUGUCAAAAACGCUGAUUUUUUUACAGCUUAAGCCACUAGCAGCCUUGUUUUAGGCAAUCUAAAAUAAUUUAUGAGAAACCAGUCUUACCUCUCUGAGGAAUUUACAGUGUGACUGCGUAAGGAUCAAGAACAAGGUGGGUAUCAUGAUGUGUCGUCAUCUCUAUCUUAGAGAAAGUCAGAGUAUAUUGUGCCUGAAACCACACCAAAUGGAUAUGGCAAAAGUGAGAAGAGAACCAGAAAUCUUGUAUUUUGAGAGACUCAGCACAUCAGUAACCUGAGUAAGCUGCUACUUUUUUUUUUUCAUACUGCAACUUACUGAACUAAAAUAUAUUGAAAUGUGGUCAGAGAAAUUUUUUGCUGAUACAUAAAUGUGUUUUAUGGCCCUAUAGCAUUCUUGGAGUAUACAUGAAAGCAUGAUGAGUUCCUCCUUCUUUAGCUAAUUGGUGAUGGCCUCCAGUUUCAUUCUACAUCUCUAUUGAUGGUGUAGUGAUUGCUGCAGACAUUGUAAACAUGUCUUUUGUCAUGCUAAAUACUGAUUUCCUAGCUAUUAGUUUCUGGCAUGGUAAAAAUCAUUUUAGCAGUUCCACUUUUCAUUUUUUGCAUAGGCUCUUUUUAGAGUUUUGCUAGAGAUAUAGAAUUUUGUCUUUAGAAGACUCUUGAGAUGAAGGAUGGAUUCACUUUUAACAUAUCAGAGUAGAAGCAUGUUAAUCUUGCUGCAGUUGCAAACUUUCUUGUGUGACCUUGAAUUUUCCCAUUCUCUUCUGCAGUGAGACACAGCCCAUAAUCUCCUGUGCAGACCUUUGUACUUUUAAACUGAUGUUUGCAGUUCACUUGAGAUCUUUUGCUAUGCAAACAUCAAGGAUUAUUCUACAGUUUGGAUCCUUAUUUAAAACAUUCAAUAAAAGAAACGUUUGUGAGAGACACCUACAUAAGGGACACAUGCUCAUCAGUAAGUCUGUGCAGCAGGCAAUCAGAACAUCAUUUAGUGAUUCUUGUACCUGGCCGGACACAUGUUUCCACUGUCCUGCUCAUUUUUAUAUGCACAGCUCACAAACAAUUUAAGUGGCUCUCUUCAGAUUAUUUCCUUCUAAACUGACUGACACAGGUUUCUGAUGAAGCCUACAGGAAUAAGGCACCCACGUUCCAUGAUCUCUCACACUGCAUUAGGUUCCUAUGGGAAGCUCAGUAGUAAGAAAUACCUAUUCUGGGUGGUUUUGAGCUGUUUGCUUUUACCUCCUGUGCUGAGGAGACUGUUGUAUGCUGAAAUCAGUAUUAGCACAGGAGUGAGUAUGCUUUGGAUGUUGGCUUUAUGAGUGAGCCAACCACCUGAUCUGUAUAAUUGAUUCAAGAUAAGUCAUGCCCCCCUGCUUUCUAGAAGUUGCCCUUUUUGCAAACUGUGUAUAUACAUAGGCAGCUAUUUCUUGUGUUUGUUUUUGUUGUUUGUUUGUUUGUUUUGUUUUUUCUAACAAUAUCACCUUCGGCUUUUGUGCCUUGAAAAGUAGACAUUUGUCUUUAAGAGUAACCCCCAUCUUGCCUAUUAAAUGUCAUUAUCUCAGCAUAGAUUGUCAGUCACUGGCAGCAGGAAUCCUACGGCUGACUCGGUGCCUCACUGGAUAUACAAAUGUUCUGCUAGAAAAGAUGACUGAUUCCUGUAGGUGUGUAUCUGAUUUUUUUCCCCACUGUCUGAUAAAACAUCAUUUAUCAUGAGAACAUUUAUUAAAUCAUGGAUUCCUCAGUGUCUGCGGAUUCUCAAGUCACCUUGCAGAUUAUUCCAUGGAUGCAACAGGCUUCUUACAUCUCAGAUUGUUUCAUAUUAUGACACUGUAAACCAGUGUAAAAAGGAACUGCCAGAAUAUUUCAACUUUGCAAGUGAUGUCUUAGAUGAGUGGUCGCAGCUGGAAAAGGAUGGAAGACGACCAGCAAAUCCAGCUUUUUGGUGGGUAAAUGAUGAGGGAGAGGAGGUGAAGUGGAGCUUUGAAGAGCUGGGAUAUCUCUCUAGGAAAGCAGCUAAUAUACUUUCUGAGGCAUGUGGUUUGCAGAGAGGAGACAGAGUUAUAGCAGUUCUGCCUCGUGUUCCCGAGUGGUGGCUACUGAAUGUAGCCUGUAUGCGAACAGGAAUUGUCUUUAUUCCAGGAACAUCCCAAUUAACAGCCAAAGACAUUUUAUACCGACUCCAGGCUUCAAAGGCCAAGUGCAUUAUUACCAAUGACACACUGGCACCUGCAGUGGAAUCUGUCACACCUAACUGCCAGUUUCUGAAAAGCAAACUAAUUGUAGCCAAAGGGAGCAGAGAUGGGUGGCUGAACCUCAAAGAACUCUUUGCGGUGACAUCUGCUGACCAUAAAUGUGUCAAGACAAGGAGUCAAGACCCAAUGCUGAUCUAUUUUACUAGCGGAAGUACAGGCUCUCCAAAAAUGGUGGUGCAGUCCCACAGCAGUUACGGAAUUGGAUUUGCAACCAGUGGCAGGUACUGGAUGAACUUGACUCCUUCAGAUACGAUGUGGAAUACCUCUGAUACGGGCUGGGUAAAAUCAGCUUGGGGCAGUGUUUUUGCACCAUGGAUCUGUGGAUCAUGUGUCUUUGUACACAAUAUGCCACAGUUUAAACCAGCAGUUAUUGCAGAGACUCUCUCAAGAUACCCCAUCACUGUCUUUUGCACGGCUCCCACUGCCUACCGAAUGCUGGUCCAACACGAUUUGAGCAGCUACAAGUUCACGAGUCUGAGACACUGUUUAUCUGGAGGGGAAGCACUCAAUCCUGAAGUGAUGGCAAAGUGGAAAAUCCAGACAGGGCUGGAUAUCUAUGAAGGUUAUGGCCAGACUGAAACAGUAACAAUAUGUGCCAAUAUGAAAGGAAUGGAAAUUAAACCUGGCUCUUUGGGAAAAGCUGUUCCCCCUUAUGAUGUGCAGAUCAUAGAUGACCGUGGGGCUGUCCUGCCUGCAGGAGAAGAAGGCUGCAUCGCCAUCCGAGUUCAGCCUAGGCGACCAUUCUGUAUGUUCUCUGAGUACUUGGAUAAUCCAGAGAAAACUGCUGCCUCUCUGCGUGGAAAUUUUUAUGUCACUGGGGACAGAGGGAUUAUGGAUGAAGACGGGUAUGUCUGGUUUGUUGGAAGAGAUGACGAUAUAAUUAAUUCUUCUGGGUAUCGUAUUGGCCCAUUUGAAGUCGAAAGUGCAUUAAUACAACACCCGGCAGUCUCAGAGUCAGCUGUGGUCAGCAGUCCUGAUCCAGUUCGAGGAGAGGUAGUCAAAGCCUUCGUUGUUUUGGCUCCUGCUUUUGUAUCACAUGAUCCAGAAAAGUUAACUCAUGAGCUUCAGCAACAUGUCAAGAAGCUGACUGCACCUUACAAGUAUCCAAGGAAGGUGGAGUUUGUUCAGGAUCUGCCAAAGACGGCUACUGGGAAAAUCCAGAGAAAGGUUCUAAGGAACCAAGAGUGGGGAAGAGGAUAACAUGACCUGGAAACUGGGGAGAGAAAAUUUCCAUCAUCCAUAGCAGCCACAGCGCAUCACACUUGGCAUAUGGUCAUGACCCAGAGAACUUGGAGAACAUAUGGAAAAACAAGAUAUUGGUGGGGGGAAGGAGAUAAUGCUCACAUAGCUUGAGGAUGUGUGGUAUUAAAACCACCUUUGCCAUCCAUCUACACAUUUUUGGAAGGGGGAAGGUGUAAGAAUUAAGAAUGAUGAAUGGGAGAGAGAAGAAACAGAGCUGGGAGCUUACAAAGGUUUAAUUUUUUUACUGGAAUUAAUAUAAACAGCUUCCUUAAAAAAAA